UGGACUGUAAACAGGAAGUAGUCCCAAGUCCGUUAGGUAAGGAAAGAAGUUCUUAUAUUAAAUCCAAGAAGAGAAGCAGUUUUCUUGGAAAUUUUAUGAUCCGAGAGUAAGUCAUGGGCAAAAGCUGUAAGGUGGUUGUGUGUGGCCAGGCUGCAGUUGGUAAAACAGCUGUAUUGGAACAACUACUGUACGCCAAUCAUGUUGCAGGUUCAGAGCCCAUGGAGACCCUGGAGGAUAUAUACAUCGGCUCCAUAGAAACUGACCGUGGCACACGAGAGCAGGUGCGCUUCUAUGACACCCGCGGACUCCGGGAUGGGAUGGAGUUUCCUCGACAUUACUACACUUUUGCUGAUGGCUUUGUACUGGUCUACAGCAUUGACAAUAAAGAGUCCUUUAAGCGGAUGGAGGUACUCAAGAAGGACAUUGACCGUCACAGAGACAAGAAAGAGGUGACCAUUGUUGUGCUGGGUAACAAGCUGGAUAAGCAGGAUGAGAGGAGAGUUGACUCUAACAUGGCCCAGAACUGGGCGAAGAAUGAGAAGGUGCGUCUGUGGGAGGUGUCUGUGGUGGACCGGCGCACACUGAUUGAACCCUUUGUCUACCUGGCCAGCAAAAUGACCCAGCCACAGAGCAAGUCCACUUUCCCUCUCAGCCGCAAUAAGAAUAAGGGCAGUGGUUCUACAGACAGCUAAAUGACCAGACACUGUUGUCAUGUUCAAGAGGGAAGCAAAGGGAGAAGAGGUGUGUGAAAGGGAACUUAGUUUAGCUAAAAAACUAUUUAAAAAUGAUGAAGGAUUGAGGUAGUAAGAGUUGGUUAGGAGAGUGUGGAGAAAUGGCAGGAUGAUUGUAUGGAUAUUUAAAUACAGUGAGUGCUGUUGGUAUUAGUAUAGCAUCCAUAUUUGAUGUUUUGGUGAAGUACUUCAAUUAUACCUGAGUGAAAAUCUUUUAUCAGAAAUUGAAGUGUUUUUGUUUGUCAUUCCCAUUGUAUUAGUUUGGAUUCAAACUACUCAUCCACAUUCUUUGCAGUUACUGCUGUUAACAUUAGCAGUCAUGUUCCGACCUACAUAAUGUAGUUCUUAAACUAAUGACAAUCAACAUUUAGAUCUCAGUUUAUACUUAAACAGUCCAGCGUUUCAAGAUAUCAGAGACUCAUGGUGCUCACUGUAUAGAUAAAUUGUUCACAAGACAUGUUCACACAUACACUGGCUACUAUUUUAUUUACAUGUACACUAUAUAUAUUCACAGAUUGAAUCAGAAAUGGCGGCAGUUACUCAUGUUACCUAAUUAUUGCAUCACACAAAUGCUGAAUUUCACAUUCUUGUAAAAUAUUUGAUAGGUGAAGGUAUUUUAUUGAUACAUUAUUGAUGAUGUACAGUAACUACACUGAUCUGGAGAUUUGUUACACUAUAUAUGUUCUUUGCUGAGAUUCACUGUUGGGUGAUGUGCAGUGAAUGAUUGACAUUCCUUACCACGUAUUGCCUUCUGUACAGGCUUUAGAAAUGUAAAUAUCAGAAAAAGAAAAUGUUCAGAUGAAAGGUGGUUUCUGCAGGCUCAGGGGCUACUUUUUUCUGGUUGUGACACAUGAAAGACAUAGAGCACUCUAUAUGAUAAAAUGUCUUGGCAUAAACAUGACUCAUAAUCAUUUAGAAGUUGAAGCUGGUAUAUUUUAUACUAAGCUGUAAGAUACAGUAUUCAUUAGCCGUUUUUUUCAGGGUGCAACAUGCAUAAAAAUAUGAGCAGCUUUUAAUGUUUGUUUAUUUGAAAUGGGGAAAGUUGUUGAUAUAGUCUUUAUUAAUUUGUCUGUGCCUCAGGCUAUCAACACUAUGUAUCAUAUUGCAACUUUUUUAAAUGUCAAGCUUUUAUGAUAUUAAUAUCCAUAAAAUGUGUUCACUUGA